AUGUCUUUCCUUCAUAAUCAUUCUUGCGAGUGCGUUAAGUCAGAAUUGGAUUUGUUUGCACUACCGUCUACACAAACUAGCAUUGAAAAUGGAUUGUGGAUUCAUUAUAAACCAAUUUCAUCUCUUGGUGAUGAUGGACCUAUCGAGUUUCAAGUUCCUGGGACCGGCGAUGACUACAUAGAUUUGUCUCAUACAUUACUCCACAUAAAGGCAAAAGUAUUAAAUCAAGAUUCAACUAACUUGGUAUCUACUACAAUAGUAGCACCUGUAAAUAAUUGGCUGCAUUCACUUUUUAGUCAACUUGAUGUUUAUUUAAACCAAAAACUUGUAUCACCACCUAAUAAUACCUAUGCAUAUCGAGCAUACAUGGAAACCCUUUUAAACUAUGCCCCUGCUGCUAAACAAUCUCAUCUUACUUGUAGUCUUUGGUAUGAGGAUACAGCAGGAAAAAUGGAUUCUACAGAUGGUAAAAACAUAGGAUUUGUUAAAAGACAGGAAUUGAUUAGUGAAAGUAAGGAAAUAGAAAUGAUUGGUCAUCUUCACGGUGACAUUUUUAACCAAGAUAAAUUUUUAAUUAAUGGUGUUGAAAUGAGUGUUAAAUUGGUUCGAUCAAGAGAGAGUUUUAAUUUAAUUGUUGGGUCGAACGAUGUAAAGUUUAAAGUUUGCAUUACGGACGCAACUCUUAUUGUGCGACGAGCACGAAUUAAUCCAAGUGUAUUACUCGCACAUCAAAAAGUUUUAGCUUCUACCACUGCUAAAUAUCCUAUUACUCGAGCUGAAGUAAAAGUUUUAACAAUUCCUUCGGGUGUUCAAGGAAAAACUCUUGAUAAUAUAUUUUUAGGACAGGUACCGAAAAGAUGUAUAAUUGGAUUUGUGAACAAUUCUGCAUUUAAUGGUUCCCUUACUAAAAAUCCAUUUAACUUUGAAAACUAUGGUAUUAAUUCUUUCAGCUUAUAUAUUGAUGGUCAACAAAUACCUUCAAAAGCUUUGCAACCAUCUUUUAAUAAUAGCAUAUUUACAUCAGCAUAUCAUACUCUAUUCUCGGGAACUGGUAUUCACUUUCUUAAUGAAGGAAAUGGAAUCUCUUGUGAACAGUAUGGCAAAGGUUACUGUCUAUUAGCAUUUGACUUAACUCCUGAUUUAUCAGCUAACUCAUCAACUCAUUGGAAUCUCAUAAAGCAUGGUAGUGUAAGAAUAGAAGUACGAUUUGAAUCCUCAUUAAUACAAACAAUUAACUGUAUAGUUUAUGCUGAGUUUGAUAAUAUUAUUGAGAUAGAUAAAAACAGAAAUGUUACUGUAGACUAUAGUAGUUAA